AGCCACAGCUGCUCAAAGCGCUGUUUGGUCUGGAUCAGAGUAUCAGACCCUUACAACUAACCGAGCGGUGUGAAUAUCUUUGAUUAAAUCAGCGAAAGCCGUGGACGUGUUUAUCAAAAAUGGCUCGAGUUCUGGUCGGCGUUAAGCGAGUGAUCGAUUACGCGGUCAAGAUUCGCGUGAAGCCGGACAAAUCUGGCGUCGUAACCGAUGGCGUCAAGCACGCGAUGAACCCCUUCGAUGAGAUUGCGAUAGAGGAGGCUGUGAGAAUGAAAGAGAAGAAGCUUGCCUCGGAGAUCAUAGCGGUUUCCUGUGGCCCUCCACAAGCUCAAGAAACUAUAAGAACCGCCUUGGCGAUGGGUGCAGAUCGGGGAAUACACGUUGAGGUCGCUGGUGCGGAGUACGAUACCCUGCAGCCCAUUCACGUCUCUAAAAUACUUGCCAAACUCGCUCAGGACGAGAAGGCAGACAUCGUGAUCGUGGGCAAGCAGGCUAUCGACGACGACGCCAAUCAGACUGCUCAGAUGACUGCAGCCGUUCUCGACUGGCCAGCAGGAACAUUUUGCAGCAAAGUUGAACACGGAUCUGGCGAGUUAACGAUAACACGCGAAGUAGACGGUGGUCUGGAGGUGAUCAAAGUCAAAACACCAGCGGUUUUGAGCGCUGAUUUGCGUCUCAACGAGCCGCGUUAUGCUACUUUACCAAAUAUAAUGAAGGCAAAGAAGAAACCGAUAAAGAAAGUCAGCCCCAAGGAUCUUGGCGUUGACACCGCGCCAAGAAUUGAUAUUAUUUCUGUCGAAGAUCCACCUGUUAGACAGGCAGGAUCGAUUCUACCUGACGUAGACGCUUUGGUCGCCAAGCUGAAGGAGGGUGGACACAUUUAACCCAAUUUUGGCAUAAAGAAAAUGGACAAAGAAAAAUAUGAAACAGCUAGAGAUUGUUGUUUACAAGAAUUAUAUAAAAUACAAACUGCCAGUUCUUAGUGAAAAAAAUCGCAACUACCGAAUAGAGGAGUUUCUACGUUUUUUUAUGAAGGAUAAUAUUUUUACUUCAAAGAGGGGAAUUAACAUGAAACUAAAAUAAAAAUAAAAAAAUAAAAAAUAUUUCAAUAUUACUAAUUGUACAGACUGAAGAUUAAUAAAUUUAUACAAUGUUGAAUCGUUGGUUAAUAUCGGUGUGUUGGAAGUUAGACAUGUGGGUUUCCCCCGACGUCUUGAUUUUCAUGUUUGUUUUUUUUGCAUGUUUGUAUAUUUUAGAUAAAAUAUUUUCAUACAGAAAUUAUAAUGUACUAUGUAUCAUUCUCUUUGGUCAACUUAGCAGUAAAUAUAUAGAAUUGAAUUAUCA